CUGAGUAGAAUAUAUCUCAUACUCAUUGAAAGUGAUUUCAUGCUCAACGAAUUUUACUUAAAUUACUAAAAUGUCACUAAUUAUAACCUGCUAAGGCCUACAUACUGCUGCUGUACUUUAUACGGACUCACCCGAUUCCCACUCUGAUAAACGGACUCUGUAUUUCAUCUCGAUUUGCCUAGGUUUUGGGUGCUGAAGUCGUCGAUCUGUUCGAUACGAGUUUGGAUCUAGUUUUUGGUGACUCACUCUUCUCUGUUCUCAAGCUUAUCGCGAUUUUCGGUUGGAUGGAGUGUGGAGAUUCAGUCGGCAUCGCAGCCAUGGUUAUUCAGCAUACUCUGCUAACGUGCACCGUGGACGCUUUAACUUCCUCUCUUCUCAGCACACAGCUCCUCUCCCUCAUGCAGGGUUACAUACAGCUAGUCAUGAACAAAUCUAAAGUUAGGGGAGACCAUCCUACAUCUUGCCCCUCUACCACGCCUAUGGAUGCUGGUAGUGAUGAUGAUGAUGAUGCUGAUGAAGAUGACAAUGACGAUGAUGAUGAUCAAGAUGAGGAGGCAGGGGACAAGGGCAAAGUUAAUGUGCCAAGGGAAGAUGAAUACAACAACACUGAUGGCGAUGAUUCUGACGAGAACAAUGGGGACGAAGAAGAAGACGAUGAAGAUGAUGAAGAUGGUGACGGGGAUGAUGGGGAUGAGGGAGAAGAGGAUGAGGAGGAGGUGGAAGAAGAGGAGGAGGAGGAGGAGGAGGAGGAGGAGGAGGAAGAAGAAGAAGAAGAAGAAAAAAAGGAGGAAGACCCAACGCCACUAAAGAAGGAAGAAGAGACCGACGUCAAGAAGAGUGAAGCCCCGCUUAAGAAGAAACCAGAGCCACUCCUGUCGGAACCGCUGGCAAAGAGGCCGAAGACAUAACUGGAUUAGAUUUGAAGGCGGCAUAUUUGACUGGACCCACCUCUUCUGAAGAGUGUCUAUGCCACUAGAUGUUAUUCAAGCUGCUGGUAUCCUGAGUAGAAAAUAGGAGAGCUCCUACUACAUCUGUAUUUGGUUUCUCGUAGCACUUUAAGAUCCUUUUUUCCUUGUCUUUCAAUUCUCAUCUUUAGAACGUGUCUUCACUGACCAAGUGACCAAGUGACUAAGACAUCAGUCCUUACAUUUAUACAGUGAAGAAAAGUGUUACAGAGUUUUUAGAUUAAUAAUCUUUUUAGUAUUUUACAUCAAAUCUUUGCAUGACUAUUUUU